AUGGAAAAAAAAAAACGCAGCGGAACAUCCUCCACAUUCAAGGAAAUUCAAAGCUUCAACAAAUCCUACCUGGACCUGAGCAAUUAUAGUAAAGAUAAUUAUGGCAAGCAGAAUUCCAUUAACAAUACAAAUGAGGUCUUCGAGUUCUUUACCAGCAUAACCAACAACCAGAAGGACAUCAGCAAAAAGUACGAGCAGCUAUUUUCCUUAAUUAAAAAAUUUGGGAAGGAAAUUAAAUACCUGCUAGCCAAAAAUGACGAGUACAGCGGUAUCCUCAUCGACACCAAAGAAUGUGUGAAGAGGAUAAAGGCCAAGCUCAGCGGGGAUUCCUGCGAGGAGUUCGAGAAUUUAGAGGCGGAACUGCUGAAAGACAAAAACAACAUCGACGUGAUAAGCAAAAUUGUGACCUACCUCUGGGAAGAAAUAGGAUACCACAACAAAAACUCCAUUGAGUGGAAUAAAAAAAUCGAGGAGUUAAAAAAGUACAUCGGAAGCAAAGAUGAAUUCUUAAAGCUAGAAAGGAAACUAACCAUAACAAGUGAAGAACUGAAAAAGGAAAUGGUCGACAAUAUGAGUUCCCUUAAAGAACAACAAGACUUGAAAAUAAAAAUUAAAGAAGAGAGAAAUAUCUACAGAAAGGAUAUCCAAAAUGUGCACGAAAAAAUCCUCUAUGUGAUUUUAAAAUUUCUGUUGAGAGAUAAAAGGUGGAAAACUCUGAAAUAUUUUUUUCAUUUCUGGUUGAAUACAACUAGAAGGAGGAAGGAAUCGACGAACCAAAUGGUUUCACGCCUUGGAAAGAAGAUGCAUUGUCUAUUACUCUUCUGCUUCAGAAAGUUAAAGAGCAAUUCGUUCGAAGGGUAUUUAAUUGAUAAGGUUACGGGCCUGGUCGAUUUCCCGCUGCAUGGGAACGGGGGCCACGGCAGCUCGCAAAGGGGCGUCCAGAGCAAAGCGGGGCGCGCCUACGAUUACAGCGGCAAUGAUAGCGGUAAUCCGUACGGCAGCGGUAGUCACCAGAACAGCGGCAAUGAUAGCGGUAAUCCGUACAGCAGCGGUAACCACCAGAACAGCGGCAACCCCUACAGCAGCGGUAACCGCCAAAACAGCCGAAACACCUUGCGCAGCACGCCGCGGGAGAGAAACAAAAGCAGCGUCUUCUCCAACCUAGUGAACAACGACAAAACCCGAGACGGUGAUAACGUGUCUCCCGGAAGUUAUGACCACCUUAAUAGUAGAUCGAGGAAGCGAAGCGAAUCGAUGCUUUUUUACAAGAAGGAAAAUAGCUCUGCCACGCAAAAAAGUGAGGUAGCGACAAAUUUGUAUGACCAGUCUGGGGAUUUCUCAUCCGGGAAGAGGGGCACUCAUCGGUUUGGAAACGAUAGCGAGGAUGGCGAGGGGGGUGGCGGCAACGACGGUCGCCAGGGCAGUCGCGUCGGCGCGAACGGCUCCUACGAAAGGAAUGUCACUCACGAUAGGAACUCCACUCACGAUAGGACCUCCACUCACGAUGGGAACUACGACUACCAGAAGAACAGCCUGCGCGGGCCGAGCCACGAGACGCAGGAACACCCCGGCAGGGAGUCGAACCACCACGUAGAAAAAAUGUACGACAACUUAGCCCGCCAAAUGAAGGACAAGGCGGACAGGAAAAGCGUAGAAAUGAUACACCAAACGAUAAAAAAAAUGAAUAACAAAAUUAAUGACAUUAGGGACACGCUAGACAAGCAAAACAAAAUGAUGGCCAAUGACGACAUGCUCAGAAAUGUGCCAUCUGGUAAAUCUUCCCUAAACUAUAAAAAUCACUCAAAUAAAAAACACCCCGAUUUGGACUAUAACCACUCGGUGGCCAACAGUUCGUUAAACCUUCCCUGCGAAAGAACGUUAAGUGAAUAUUUAACAAAUAAAAACAAGUCCAGAAAUACAAACACUGAUGAGUUGAACAGGCCAAAGGGAUUGAGGAAGCAAAGUGAGGACUUCCAAAAAAUGAGUGAAUAUAAUAACCGCCAAAAGAAAUAUGAUAACCAUGCACAUAAAAAGAGCUACGAAAAUAUGGAAAAGUGGAACCUAAAUAACGAUCAAUAUUCCCACAGUAAUUCUAUGGAUAUGACAAGCGUUGACGAGAGUUACCUUUACCAGCGGCAGUCCAAAAGCAGCGCGCGCAGUGCUUCCCACCUGAAGAAUGAUGCCAACGCGCUCGGUGGUGGUCACGGCGGCGGUCACGGCAGCAGCAUAGGAAGCGCAGUCGGAAGCGGCAUGGGAAGCGGCCUCGGAGGAGGCCAAUACAGCGCCGCGUGCAGCAGCAAGGGGGAAACCAAGCGUGGCGGCAGGGGGGACUCCAGGGGUGAAGCCAGGCGCGAUUCCAGAGGUGAAGCCAGACGUGAGUCCAAACAUAACGGCAGAGGAGAAGCCAGACACGACUCCAAGCACGACUCCAAGCGUGACCCCAAAAGCGACGGCAGAGAGGCGAAGGCCGCGCACGGUACUCACCACGCGACGAGCAACAGACGGGACUUUAUCGAAAAUAGCAAUGCGAGCUCCUCCCCCUCGGAUAUUAAGCUCGUUCUCAGGACCGGAGGGGGCUUUCGAAAGCUAAGCGAGCACUGUCAAAAAAAUUAUAUAGAAAAAUUGAACUACCUGAAUGAUAACAAUUUGUUGGGUUACGAAACGAACCUGAACAUAAAAAUAAAAGGACACCCAUUUAUGCAUAAUGUGCCCAAUGGUCACCAAAAGGAUCACAAAAAGGAAAAAAGACACAGAUCGCUUUCUAAGUUUUAUAAUAUGCAUUAA